GCACAAAUACUGCUGCAGCACGCAGAGCACGAGCUCAUAAUCAUCGCAGCCACGAGGACAGACUGAAGGUUACCUGCUUCAACAGUGCUUGAACGGCAACCCAUCUUCUGUCUUUUCGCUUUUUCCAUCCAUCCGUCAACUUCUUUGAUUCCAUUCGUUUUGUCUUCGGUCAAAAUCGAAAAGUUGAUUUAAAGACGCUUGCUUUAAACCAAUUCCACGCGAACCAGCGUCGUUGACCAUCUGUGCUAACAACACCAGAAAAGCCGUAAAACCGACUGUAAGAAACAUGAGCUCUCAGGUGAGACAGAACUUCGAGGAGGCCUGCGAAGCGGCCAUCAACCGUCAGAUCAACAUGGAGCUGUAUGCAUCCUACGUCUACCUUUCCAUGUCGUACUACUUUGACCGAGAUGAUCAGGCCCUACACAACUUUGCGAAGUUUUUCCGCCAUCAGUCCCACGAAGAGCGCGAACACGCUGAGAAACUGAUGAAGUUUCAGAACCAGAGGGGAGGGAGGAUCUUUCUGCAGGACGUGAAGAAACCAGAGAAGGAUGAGUGGGGAAGUGGUGUGGAAGCUCUUGAAUGUGCCCUACAGCUGGAAAAGAGCGUCAAUCACUCCCUCCUGGAGCUGCAUAAGCUGUCCUCGCAGCACAACGACCCUCAUAUGUGCGAUUUCAUUGAGACACACUACUUGGACGAGCAGGUGAAGUCCAUCAAAGAACUGGGCGACUGGGUGACCAACCUGCGCCGUAUGGGCGCCCCCCAGAACGGCAUGGCUGAGUAUAUGUUCGACAAGCUCACACUUGGCAAAGAGAGCAGCUAAAUACUCAGUCCAUCUUUUCCUUUGCUGAUUAGUUUUGCUAUAUGAGUGUUUAUUUCCCUAUAUGCCAUCGGACACUAUUUUAUGUUGUUUGACUGACCGGUCAACCUGUUUGUCCACUUAUUUAAGCAGAAAAAGCUCUUAGCCUGUUUGACUCUGCCAUGCUUCGCUGUGUAAAGUCGCAGUUCUCAUAAGCCAUAGCACUCUAUAUCACUAGCUAUAUCAUUUGACCUGCCUGCAUGUGAUGUGUGAUUUGUCAAUGAAAUUAUGCUCCAAACCAAUAAAUUAAAAACCUCUGGGAUCUGAA